AUCUCUGUUGGCUGUGAGAUCUGGUGUUUUUCUACCUGCAAUUGACCUGCGAGCCACCUGCCUUGGACCUGCUACUUACCUGCACUACAUCUGUGAUCCUCUAAUCCAGAACAAGUUUACACACAUUGAUUCCAUUUAAAAAACACACUUAACUAAUUGUUAAUCCACACACAUACUCCUUCUCCACACAAGCACACAGACACACAAACACACAGACACACACACAUACACACAAUUUGUUGAUUUCCCACUGCCAAGGUAAGUUGAAACAUUUGUGUAGUUGAAGGCUGACGUUGUCUGGUAAAGCAUUGUUUGUGAGUAUGAUUGGUACAGAUUCAAAGUUAAAGUUAAAGUUUCUUUGUGAACUUUGAAAAAAUAUUAAUUUUUUUUGUUUUUCAUUCUGAGAUGCCCCGUGCCAAGUCCCACCGUCGUGCCCAGGCCCAGAAGCGGAGGAUGGCGCAGCCGCAGCCAUGGACCCCCCAGCCGCCUGUCCCCGAGUUCGUUGCUCGGCGCGGUACUGGUUACCGCCAUCGUGUGCGGAGAUGGCCAACUUCGGAGCUGACCCAGCGGAGCUUCAAGUUGGUCACUCCAGCCCAGCAGCCGGACCAGAAGAUGGUGUUCGUCGUGGGAGCCUCCCACCUGCGGCCCAUGGUGGAUGGGAUCGUCGCCAUGCCGGAGGGACCUCUGUGUUUUUCUUUUCUCUCUGUUCCAGGUGCGCAUGCAGCAGAGCUGAGGACAGAGGUGUCGCACGCCGCUCUCCCUUGGACCCCGGAUGUGGUCUGCGUGAUGGCCCCCAGCAACAACCUGACAGCCAGCAGGAACAUCGGAGAGGCGUCGCUGGACUUCGGUGCUCUCCUGGCUACAGUCUGCAGCCGCUGGGCGAAGGUGUUUGUGCUGGACUUCCCUCCACGCCUGAACAUCGAGCCUGGCUUGCAGGAGCUGUUUCGCCAGGAGUUCCGCCGUGUCGCAGCACGCAUGGGUCUCCCAUACGUGUCUGUGGCAGAGCACCUCCCUCUGGAUCGGUUGGAGCUGUGGAGCCGUGACAGUGUGCACCUCAGCGACAGCGAUGGAACGCCGAUCCUGGUCCAGGCCCUGUGGGACGCCGCGGUCCACCAGCUGGCUCCUCCCCCUCCUCCUCCGCCUUCGGUGCCCCCCCGGACAUCGCCUCGUGCCAGGGUCUCCCCCGUGCUGGUCGUGACAGGACACAGGCCCGCGCCCCGUCACCGCGACCCACUGGAGUGGACCGUGGUCGGACAGGAGGGCAAGGCUCGAGCAUCUCCGGUGCAAGAGUCUGUCCUUCCAUCCAACCCCGUGUGGUUCAGCGGCGACAUGCUGGAGGCCAUGGAGACGGUUUCUCCUUCUUCAGACGACGACACUGCCGUUCCACCAGCUGGCCAGACUUCCCGUGUGAGGCGUUGGCCAAGAGGUGUUGCCACAAGGCGCAGAGGAGGAAAGCGGCAGGUGCCGGCAACACCUUCACCUUGUGUGACCGUGUCUGCCUCCGGGCCCAGACCAGCGGUGCAGCAGGUGGAGGCGACAGCCCAGGAGUCGCCCAGCGUGGUGCCAGUGGUGGUCGUCGGUUGGGAGGAGGUCGCCGCAGCGUGCCCCGCCGUCCCGGAGGUGCCAGCAACACCAUCACCUGCCCGUGUGACCGUGUCUGCCUCUGGGCCCAGACCAGCGGUGCAGCAGAUGGAGGCGACAGCCCAGGAGUCUGCCAGCGCGGUGCCGGGGGUGGUCGUCUGUCGGGAGGUGGUCGCCGCAGCGUGCCCUGCCGUCCCGAAGGCACAACAGAAGAUCGUCAAAGCUAAGGCUGUUUUUGUUCCUUCUGUUUGUGUUCAUGAUGUUCAGUUUGAGUCUAACGCUAAUGCUGUGGCAACAGAGGCUAGCAGAGAUAGCAGCAGGAUUAGGCUAGCAAAAGUUGUGCACGGAUCGUUUCACCAAGGCGAUUCGCGAUUUGUGUAUGGAGGAGUGCAGUGUAUGGCUAUAGCUUUGGUCAGCUUAGCCAAACACACGGUGAGCAGCGCGUUCUCGUGGGACAGGCUGGAUCUGGAUCGCGCGUUGAUUCUAGGUGAUGAGUUGUACACCAGUUUGCGUGAACUCAAGACCUUUAGCCAUGUGUCAAAUCUGCUGUCUGUGCCAGAUUUGCCACAACACUUGGAAUUAGACGGACAGGUGUUUAGGUUCAGUUUUGGUGACACAGUAUUAGGCGAAGUAGGCGUUACCGAAGGUGAAUACAUCGACUUCGGUGUGUUUGUCAGCUUGCGUAAUGGACUGGAGAGAAUCUUCAGUCAGUACAGCACAUGUCUUCUGACACUGUGUGGAAACACCACUGCCAUCAUGCGUGAGGAUGGACGGUUCGCUGUGGUCGACAGUCACUCACGCAGUAACACUGGCUUGUUACACCAUGACGGUACAAGCGUGGUUCUGCAUUUCGCGUGUCUCGACGACCUGCACCACUACAUCUGUCGUUUGGCUGACAGUCUCAGUUCAAGGGAGAAGCUCUUUGAGCUGUGUGGUGUCACGGUCAGCACGGGUGCAAGUCCAGCGCGGUCUGGUGUGUCUGUGGAGAGUCUCAUCACUGGGAUGAGUGCUGCUCCAGCACCAGAGUCUAGUGUGGUCACUGAGGCUGGGAGAAAAAGCGAGGAUUCUGCAGGCAGUUUUGCGCCUGAGUGUGGUCUUGGCGUAGCCGCAAGUCCGGCACUGUCUGGCAUUUCUGUGUUGACGUUCUCCAGCGAGGUGAGCAGCAGUUCAGCGGCAGAACCAACAGUGACUGGUGGCAGAAAGCGUGUGAUUUCUUCUAACAUUUGUAUGUCGAAGAAAUUCAAGAGCUUUGAUGUUAAUGAGAUCAAUUUGGACGUCGAAUUUGUGAGCGCGGUGAGAAAGAAAGAGUUGGUCUUCCGUCCCCUUGGCGUAGAUGUUUGUCGUGCUUUAUGCACAAAGUUAAAUGUCGAUUGCGUGAAGGUUGUUAGUCCGGUAUCCACAGAGGUGGCAUUGUUAGGUGUUCCUUGUAGCAAAGAUAGGAUUGUGGCUGAUGGUAACUGCUUCUUCAGAGCCAUCUCUCAGGCUGUGAGUGGUUCUCAGAAGCACCAUCGUAGGAUUAGGCUAGCUGUGUGUAAAGAGUUGGUGAGGAACGCGGAUAGAUAUCAGAGUCUUUUAAGGAGUGAGUACUCCUCAGUGUUAGAGUACAUUCAGCAGUCCAGGAUGAGAUGUGUUGGCAGUUGGGCCACCGAGGUGGAGAUUCAGGCGACAGCGGAUUGGUUAGCCGUUAGUGUGUUUACUUUUCAUGAUGGACGUUGGUUGAGGUAUAGCUGUAGCAGUCAGUCUUUGUCUACAGAGUGUAUUUACAUAGAGAAUAUCAGGGGGCGGCAUUUUGAGAAUGUUUUUUGUGUGUGUAAGCCUGGACUGCAGAGUUGUUACAGGUACUGUAAAGUUAGUGAAGUCACAGGUUACAAUGUAAGGUCUAGAAGGAUGGAUGUUGUGGUUGUAGAUAGUGACAACACAGCAGUUGGAUGUAGUAGUGUAGUAGGUGUAGAGGAUAGUGACAAGGUUGUGGAGGCUGCUAGUGAGGUAGUGUCAGGUAGAAAGUCUCUGUCCAUGUAUCUGAGGCGUAAACAGAGGGAGCAGGAAAAGUUGAAUAUGUCACUUAGGGAGAAACGGCUUUUAAGGAUUAGGAAGAUAUAUAAGGAAAAUGUGUUGUUCAGGGAGAAGGCAAAGUUGUUGAGUGUAGAAAAGUAUUGUAAGAAUUUGCCCCACAGAGAGAGGGUUAAAGAGAUGAGUAUUAGUAAAUACAGAGACAGCAUUGAGCAUAGGGAGAUAGUUAAGGGCAAGAGUGUGGGCAAAUAUAGGGAUAGCAUUGAGCACAGGGAGAAAGUUAUAGAAAGGAGUAAGAGUAAGUAUCAUGGUAGUGUAGAGCAUAAGCAGAAAGUUAUUUCUGGUGUGAGGUUGAGCAGGAAGCAGAAGGUGGAGAAGGCAGCAGAUUUUGCUUUUGUUAUGGAUCGGUUUUUGGCAAAGGUCAGAGAUGGACCAGAUUUUGUGUGCUGUGUUUGUCAUAGGUUGUUUUUUAGAUUUCAGGUGCUGAUUUGUGCAAGGGAAGUUUAUAGGCGAAGUUCAGUGACAGCUGCUAUUGCAGAUAGGUGUAUAGGCGAGCAUUAUUUGCAUAGGUGUAAUAAGGAGUGUGUUGUGCCUUGUUCGUUGGUGUCAUCGCGUGGUCAGCUGUGGAUUUGUUUCACGUGUCAUGGUAAGCUUAGCAGAGGUGAGAUGCCGGCUGAAUGCUGGGUUAACAACUUGGAGCUGGAUCCCAUUCCAUCUGAACUGGGAUGUCUGAAUAGUUUAGAGCAGCAUUUGAUAGCUUUGCAUAUUCCGUUUAUGAAAAUGUUGGCACUGCCUAAAGGGGGGCAGAAUGGAGUACAUGGACCAGUGACAUGUGUUCCAGCCAACAUUGUUCAGACGACUAAUGUGUUGCCGCGUUCCAGUAUGGAAGGGUCUCUGCUUCAGGUUAAGCUGAAGCGGAAACUCACCUAUAAAGGAUAUUACGAGUACCAGUUUGUGGAUACGUUGCGUGUAAGACAGGCGCUAGAAUAUUUGAAGAGGACUAAUUUUCAUUAUAGGGAUAUAGAGUUUAAUGAGCACUGGGUCAAUGAGUUUGUUAGGGAGGAAGAUAGGGACAAGGAAGAGGCCGAGUCAGGCAGUGAGGAUGAAGCUGAGGGUAGGUCACGUCAGGUUACGGUUCAGUCUGAAAUGUGUGAUCUAGCAGAAUCAGCAGACAUAGGACAGGAUGAACUGUUACAUGACAGACAACAGCACUGCAUGUUUCAGGACACUUGUCUUAUGCCUGUUGAUAUUGGUCAGGAAGCUUUAGAUCAGUAUUUUAAGGAUAUUUUGAACAUUGCGCCUGCAGAAGGGAAUAGUCCGGUAAGAAUGCUUUCUGACCACACGAAUGAGGCAAAGUGUUUCCCUGUGUUGUUCCCUGUGGGUGAUAAGACCUUCCAUGACGGACGGUCUCAUCACUUGACGUUGUCGCGUUAUCUUAAUAACCGGAUUAUGCAUGCUGACGGUCGUUUUGCGCGGAACGUCGAGUACAUAUUUUUUGCGCAGUACAUGUCAGAGUUGGACAGGGUUGUGUCCAGUGUUUCCGUCGCUUUGCGUAAGGGCAAAGGAGGUCAGAGGCCUCAACGCAUUACUGAGGACAUGUUAACGGAUGCGGACGCCUUGAAGCAGUUGUUGGCGUGUGAUGACGGGUUUAGGUUUCUUAAACCCAUUAGAGGAACUCCGGCCUUUUGGCAGUCUGUCCAGAAGGACGUGAUGGCUUGCGUGCGUCAAUUGGGUAUUCCGACGUGGUUUUGUUCGUUUUCGUCUGCGGAUAUGCGCUGGCAGAAUCUCCUGACCAGCAUCCUGAAACAGGAAGGCAGAUCGCAGACGGUAGAGGAUUUGGAGUGGGCUGACAGGUGCGAGUUGCUGCGUCGUAAUCCGGUCACCGCGGCGAGGAUGUUUGACUACAGGUGGCACUGUUUUCUGAAAGAGGUUCUCAUGUCUCCCUGUCAACCUAUCGGCAAAAUAAUCGAUUACUUUUAUAGGGUAGAAUAUCAACAAAGAGGCUCACCACAUGUACACUGUUUGUUUUGGAUCGAGGGUGCUCCCCAAAUUGAUAGAAACACAGAUGAGGAAGUGGUAAAAUUUAUUGACCGUUACGUUACAUGUGAGCUACCCUCAGAUGAUGACACACUAUUGGACACGGUGUCAUCUGUUCAAACGCAUUCCAAACGACAUUCAAAGUCGUGUAGAAAACACAAAACGACAUGUCGUUUCAAUUUCCCAAAACCUGUUUCUGCGCGGACAUUCAUUUGUAGAAUGUUAGAAUGCAAGUGCGAUAAGAAAAAGACAGCGGAGACCGAACCUGGUUCAGAAAACAGGCCGGUCUGUAAGUGUUUUGAGGAUAGGGAUAAGAUGCCAGAAAACGUUGCGCAGGCUAUUCUAACAGCUGUUAAGAGAGCUGUAGAAAGUGAUGUGCCUCCUGUUAGUGUAGAGGACUUGUUUUGUGCUUUAGGAAUAAAUCAGGAAAUCUUCGAGUUGGCUUAUAGGCGUUUAGAGAAGAGGCAUAAGGUUGUGUAUAGGAGAGGGGUGAACGAGGUUUGGGUCAAUCAGUAUAAUAAGCAGUUGUUGAAGUGCUGGAACGCUAACAUGGACAUUAGCUUUGUCACCGACGCCUACGCAGUAGUAAUAUACAUACUAUCGUAUAUUACGAAAGCAGAGAGAGAAAUUGGCCUAUUAUUGACUAAUGCCCAAAAAGAAGCCAAAACACAAGGGAAUCUCUCUGCUAAAGAAGCCCUGCGGAAGCUGGGCAGUGUAUAUUUACACAACAGAGAUGUUUGUGCGCAGGAGGCGGUGUAUAGGCUAACGAACAUGCACCUGAAGGAGUGUUCCAGGAAGGUUGUGUUUGUGCCGACAGGGAGCAGGAUAGUUAGGAUGAGUUUGCCCCUUAGUGUUUUGAGGCAGAAGGCGGCCUCCGGUGAUCUUGGGGAGGAUGAGAUGUGGAUGACAGGCAUAGUGGAUAGGUAUAAGAAUAGGCCUAACAGCGAUGUCUUUGCAAACAUGUGUAUGGCUACCUUUGCAUCUGAGUAUCGUGUUCUCAGCAAAAAUGAAAAGUCUAAGGACAGAAUUCAAUUGAACAAUGAUUUGGGAUUCAUUCUGAGGAGAACACGCACUCAGUUUGCAGUGGUGCGGUACAUGCGUUUCAGUUUGGAUAGACAGGAAGAGGCACAUUUUCAGAGCCUGCUGCAGUUGUUUCUUCCUUAUAGAACUGACUCAGACCUCAAACCUGCAGGCUUUGAGCUGUUUGAGCAGUUCUAUAACGAUGGCCAGGUGACGUUUAGCGACGGGUCUGUGCAUUCGGUUUGCGAUGUCAUCGGCGAGAAUAGGGCCAGGUUUGAGGUCAAUUGUCCUCACCUUGAGUUAGCUCAGGAGAUAGCUGCGCAGAACAACGGGGUAGAUGAAGAUGUUUGGGGUGAGCUGUGUCCUGAACAGGAAACGGAACGCCUAGAAGGUUUAGAGGAGCAGAGGCAGCAGCGGGAAGCUGAGAUAGCUGAGGAACAGUUAGUUGAAGCGAUGGAGAAUGUUCCAGAUUUGAUUGUUGGUGGCAGACAGGUAGCGCAGGUGGAGAGAAACAGGUCCAUGUUGUCUAGAAGUGACGGUUUGGCGCUUAUUAGGUCUCUGAAUGAGACACAGCUGGCUGUUUUUUAUAAAGUGAGACAGUGGUGUUUGCAGAAGGUGAUGGGUAAAAACCCAGAGCCUCUGCGUGUAUUUGUCACAGGUGGCGCAGGAACGGGGAAAAGUCAUUUGAUUAGGGCUAUUGAGUAUGAGGCAGGGAGGCUGCUGUCAACACUUUGUGAUCAACCAGACGAUAUCUGUGUUUUGUUAACUGCUCCUACUGGCAUAGCUGCAUACAAUUUGAAUGCAGCAACAAUUCAUCAUACAUUGAGUAUUGGCAAACAGGCUAGUUUACCUUACACCCCUCUGGGUGAAGAUAAACUAAACUCUUUGCGAGCUAAAUUGAGUCAGGUCCAAAUUUUAAUUAUUGAUGAAAUCAGUAUGGUUGAUCACAACGUGUUGGCUUAUGUGCAUGGUAGAUUGAGGCAGGUGAAGCAGACAGGCGACUUUUCCCCGUUCGGUAAUGUUAGUGUGAUAGCUGUCGGAGACUUCUAUCAGUUGCCUCCUGUUAAAGGGAAGCCUCUGUAUAGUAGUCCUGUUGGUGUGGACCUGUGGUGCAAUUUCAGCAUCGUGGAGCUGAAAAAGAUAGUUAGGCAGAAGGAUAGUGUUUUUGCUGAGUUGCUUAAUAGGUUAAGAGUGCGUUCCAGGGCCACCCCAAUGUUAAAUAGCGAUGUUGAAAUGCUGAAGAUGCGCGAGACCGGCGAGGUGAGCUCAGCCUUGCAUAUCUUUGCGACGAAUAGGCAAGUAAGUGAGCACAACCUAAAUUAUCUGUUUGACUGUUGUCCUGAUUAUGUCACCGUUGAAGCGCAAGACUUCGUGAAUAACAGGACAACAGGGAAUUUGGAACGGAUGCCCGGGCAUCACGGCGUUGCGGCGGACACGUCUUUACCGGAGACUCUGUGUUUAGCGAGGAACGCGCGAGUGAUGUUGUGUAAGAACGUGGAUGUUGCGGACGGCCUGGUCAAUGGAGCAUGUGGCACGGUUACUCAGUUAGUUUUUGGAGAGGAUUCCACGUUUCCUCUCACUGUGUAUGUUAGAUUUGAUGAUGAGAAUAUUGGUUCAGAUAGGAGGAAAAAACGUGCACAUGCAGCAGUAGAAUGCCUGCAGUCUACUGCCAUUGAUCCAGAGACGGAAAGAGCCACUAAACGCGGCGGUGUGCGUCGUCAGUUUCCUCUAAGGUUAGCGUGGGCUUGCACUGUUCACAAAGUGCAAGGACUCACUGUGGACGAGGCCGUAGUGUCAUUGAAGAGGGUGUUUGCACCGGGGCAGGCAUAUGUAGCGCUGAGUCGUGUUAGGGCCUUGUCUGGACUGAUCAUCCAGGAUUUUACAGAGAAGGUAAUUUACUGCAAGGACGCCAUAAAGGAGGCCUUGGAUAGCAUGCCUCCAUUUUUGAUUGAACAGCCAAAGCCUUCAUUAAAUACACACAGUUUCUCUGUGUAUUUAAUGAACGUUCAAAAUUUAAGUCGCCACUUGGUAGAUUUGGUGUCUUGCACGCAGCAUUUACAGCUUACCUGUAUUGCUGUGACAGAAACGUGGCUCACUGCACAGUCUUCAUUAGACUGUGUCCAAAUUGAAGGUUACACUUUCCACAGUCGUCCUCGUGGCUUGUGUUACAGCAGCAGUAAUCCCAAAUUGAUAGAGCUAAAGAACCUAGAACAUGGUGGAGUUGGUUUGUAUAGUGUAGACAAUUUGGACUGUAACAUUCUGCAGGUGCCCGAUUUGAAUCUGGAGUGUUUGGUGUGCCUGUGUAACAAAUUCAACAUAUUGUUGGUAGUAAUAUAUCGUCCACCAUGUUAUCCAAAUUCUUUAUUCAAACAAAAUCUGGGGAGGUUACUUGAUUGGUUACAUCCAAUCAGUAACACAAUUGUAAUAAUGGGUGAUUUCAAUGAGAACAUUUUAAAAACAUCAUCAAUUUCCAAAUUUAUGGGUGAAAAAGGUUUUAGUCAGCAUGUGACACAAGAGACUACAGAGAAGGGGACACUAAUUGAUCAUGUUUAUGUUAAAACAACACGGUAUAAUGUCGAAUGUGCAGUCAUGCCCACGUAUUUUAGUGAUCAUGAAGGUGUUUUGUGUAGUUUUAUUGUUAAAGAUGAUCAGGGGUUAGUUGUUGACUUCGAGGAGGUAGAGGGCCUCUUCGAGUCAGACUUGGUUUUAGAUGAGGAUUAGGUUGUUGUGUUUGGCAAAGGAGGCAAACAAUGAAUUCACACGACCGGUGUAAAUUCAUUGUUUGAUGAGUCAAACGGAGCUACAUUGCAGUGUCCCGGUGCAAAUGUUAGUGUUGUCGUGUUUGUGUGUUGGCAUAGGUCAGGUUUAUGUGUGGAAAGAGGAAACUGACUUGUAGUGUGUUGUGCUGUUCAUGGUGUGUACAUUGGCUACCACUGUGAAUGUUUUUUUAUAAGUGUAGAGCCUGUCCCA